CUCCGGGCAAUCGAUCGAGUACAUUCUCUCUCUGUGACAAUCUCUCUUAUCGUAACAAUCAAAAUUCACCAUAUAAUGGUGAAUGGAUAUCAUGAUCGUUUAAAUAGAUCGUUAUUGAACGUUAAUUAUAAUUUAUUGACCGCGUUAUCAUAGUUUUCUGCAGUAAUACGAAUGGAACGAGUUACCGUUCCGAUUACAACGGAACAUCGUCUAAUGAGAAACCGGUUAUGCCAUACUUCAUUGUAUAAGAAGCGACCUCUCAGUUUGGAAUUUCACGGUAACUGAACGUAGUGUUGUUCGGACUGUGGCUUCGUGAACAUCAAACACUCCUGUUUGCUGCUCUCCUUUUCUCGCUUCAUUUUUAUUACUGAAAAAUGGCAUGUGCCUGCUUGAUCACGAUCGCUCUCGUUCUCUACAUAGUCUUCGAUAUAAAUUAUCUUCUCAGAAUCGUGUUUACCAUCCUUACCGGCAGAUUGUUUCAAAAGAAAAAGAAGAUUUUCGACACGACUACCAUUUACGGUGUAUGCACCACGCAAGACGUUGAUUUGUUCUUUAAACACAUGAACAACGCGAGAUACCUCCGCGAAUUGGAUUUCGCGCGUUUCCAUUAUUACGAUCGAUCUGGAAUAUAUUCGGCGAUCGUGGAGAAAGGUGGAGGCGCGGUUCAAGGAGCAUCGUUGAUUCGGUAUCGUCGAGCCAUUCCUAUUUUCACCCUGUACAAGGUGACCACGAAGCUGAUUCAUUGGGACGAUAAGAAUUUCUACUUGGAGCACGAAUUUAUUAGUUUGACGGACGGUUUCGUUCGCGCGGUCGUUUUUAGCAAACAAACGGUAACAGGUAGUCUGAAAGUUACAGUCCCGGAAAUAAUAGCUGAAAUCGAGCCAAACGCGCAACGUCCUGAAAUGACCAAAGAUUUAGAACUAUGGUUGAAUUCCAUGGAAGAAUCUUCUCAGAGAUACAAGAAACAAAGAUGAACGAAAGUGAUCCCCGUUUUUUUUACUUCAUCGUUAUUUUGUUAUUUGUAUAAUAUUGUUACCUCGUACGUCGAGCAAAAGUUUGCAAUCAUUAGAAUUGGAAUAUUCUCGAUAAAACAGAGAAAUAAAAUUUGUUUAGAAAAAGUGGCGAGAAGCGUAACAAGAAGUGUACAAGUGUGAAUCCAAAAAAAACUUUUGAUCGAUGUAUCAAUUAUGUAUAUUUUUUUAUGUUAUUGGUGAUAAAAGAAUAUUAAAUAAGUUUCUUCUUGUAAGUAAUUAACGAUAAUGUAAAUAAUACCUACGCGAUUAUCGUCAAUUGACGUCAAAUCGUCACAUUAUUAAAUCGCGUGUUUCUUAAAAA